CAGUGCCGCCUCUGUUGCCGCUAUCAUCCGCUGCGCUUCUGCCGCGCAUUUCUAGCCAUGACGUCUGACGAACGAUAUGAGUCCGCGCGCAUACAUCAAUACUGUAUAAAUUGCCUGGCGACGUCGCACUCAACCGGCGCUUGCAACUCAGCCGACAGCUGUCACCGGUGUGGGAAAGCCCACCACACACUACUGCAUCGCUCCACGACAUCGCCGCCUGAGCGCAACCGCCGUGAUGACUCGAGCAAACUAGUCCGCCGUAGACGACCAUCGCUCGCCAGCCGAGUUGUCAAAAAACCAGCCAAGCAAACCCAGGGUGGCCGCAAUCUCGCUCACCGACGCAUCCGCGAGUUAUUUCACCUAGCACCGGUGCAGGCGGGCCGGCAUGUCGAGGACAUGGGUAACCUCAUCGACUUCAACGACUAGAUUAUAUGAAUUUGUUAUUUAAUCGGCG